AAACGUUUUUUUUUUUUAAUUGCCUUUUUCUUCAUAAUGUUUUACCAUACCCUCAUAUUUACCCCCCUUUCGCUCGUGAGUGGUAGUGUGUCUAGCCCAGAUCCUGUCUGAGGAAGAACGACGCUAACAGCUAGCUAAAGAUUGCGGAAACCUAACGUUAUCGUGGGAAAUAUAAUCAUUACUGUGAAAAUCGUUUGUUUUAAAACGUGUGACUUGUAACCGUAUACAUACGUUUUAUUUUUCCAACUGAAUAAGAUGUCAACUCCAGCAAGACGACGUUUAAUGAGAGAUUUUAAGCGGUAUGUGUGAGGAGCAACUGGCUGGCUAGCUAGCUAGCUUGGCUGUCUAUGUGAAUCGUUUGUCUGACUGUUGCUAACUAGCAAAAUGUUAACGUUUCUGCUAACAGUUACUGGAUAACAUACGUUACUAGCUACUGGAUAACAUAAGUUACUAACGUUAGCUAACACAUGGAUUGUUAACAUAAAGAUAACAUUACAGCUGAAUCUUUUCAAGUUGUAGCUAGCCAGGCCAGUUAACGCGUUAGCCUAAUUAACUAGUUAACGAACUACUAACGUUUGCUAAUUAAGCAUCGAAAAUAAUCUUCUUUCUCAGGCUUCAAGAGGAUCCUCCUGCAGGAGUUAGUGGAGCCCCGUCAGAAAACAAUAUCAUGGUUUGGAAUGCCGUAAUUUUUGGGUAAGUGAAUGGACUUUAAAAGUAGUAACUAGCUAACGUUAGCUAGUUAGAUAUAUUUGUUGCUAGAAAUAUAUGUUUAACGUUAGCCACACAACAUGUAUCUAAAGUAGGGUAUUAUUAUGAAUUUUCAAGAAAUUAACGUUGAAGCUCUUGUCCCUAGCAUAUUAAAGUUAGCAAACUAACAUUAGCUAUGUAACUGUUUUCUCCCCAGCCCAGAGGGAACACCUUUUGAAGAUGGUAAGUAGCUAGCUAGCUAUGUCUUUACUUUUUUGUAGCUGCUACAUUCUUGUGUAUAUGUUUGACAACUCAAAUGGAAGUGAUCAGUACCAUGAUAAGGACUAAUUAAUUGCAUGGGAGACCUGUUAGUUGGAACAGUACUUAGACUAGCAGUACUAGUACUACUACCCUAUGUACAUAGUCAUUGAACACUGGUCACUCUGUUUACAUACUGCUUCACCCACUUUAUAUUUGUAUAUACUGUAUUCUAGUCAUGGCUCAUGAUCAUCCUAUUUAACUACUGCUAUACAUACCUUUUCUAUUCACAUACUGUCCAUACUGUCUAUACACACCAUUCAUAUACAGUGCAUUCGGAAAGUAUUCUGACCUUUUCAGUUUUUCCACAUUUUGUUAUGUUACAGCUUUAUUCUGAAAUUGUUUUUUUACUAAUCAAUUUAAUAAUAAUAAUAAUAUGCCAUUUAGCAGACGCUUUUAUCCAAAGCGACUUACAGUCAUGCGUGCAUACAUUUUUACGUAUGGGUGGUCCCGGGGAUCGAACCCACUACCUUGGCGUUACAAGCGCCAUGCUCUACCAAUUGAGCUACAGAGGACACACAAUAUCCCAUAAUAACGAAGCAAAAACAGGUUUUUAGAAAUGUUUGCAAAUUAAAUAAAAAAACUAACUGAUAGUACAUUUACAUAAGUAUUCAGACCCUAUACUCAGUACUUUGUUGAAGCACCUUUGGCAGUGAUUACAGCCUCGAAUCUUCUUGGGUAUGAAGCUACAAGCUUGGCACACCUGUAUUUGGGGAGUUUCUCCCAUACUUCUCUGCAGAUCCUCUCAAGCUCUGUCAGGUUGGAUGGGGAGCGUCACUGCACAGCUAUUUUUAGGUCUCUCCAGAGAUGUUCGAUCGGGCUCUGGCUGGGCCACUCAAGGACAUUCAGAGACUUGUCCCGAAGCCAAUCUUGGUUUCAUCAGACCAGAGAAUUUUGUUUCUCGUGGUCUGAGAGUCUUUAGGUGCCUUUUAGGAAACUCCAAGCGGGCUGUCAUGUGCCUUUUACUGAGGAGUGGCUUCCGUCUGGCCACUCUACCAUAAAGGCCUGAUUGGUGGAGUGCUGCAGAGAUGGUUGUCGUUCUGCAAGGUUCUCCCAUCUCCACAGAGGAACUCUGGAGCUCUGUCAGAGUGACCAUCGGGUUCCUUGUCACCUCCCUGACAAAGGCCCUUCUCCCCCGAUUGCUCAGUUUGGCCGGGCGUCCAGCUCUAGGAAGAGUCUUGGUGGUUCCAAACUUCUUCCAUUUAAGAUUGAUGGAGGCCACUUUUUUUCUUGGGGACCUUCAAUAAUGCAGACAUUUUUUGGUACCCUUCCCCAGAUCCGUGCCUCGACACAGUCCUGUCUUUCUAAAAACCUUUUUUUGCUUUGUCAUUAUGGGGUAUUGUGUGUAGAUUGAUGAAGGAAAAUUUUAAUUUAAUCCAUUUUAGAAUAAGUCAAGGUCUGAAUACUUUCCGAAUGCACUGUAUAUUUAUAUUCCAGACUAAUUUUCUGCAAUUUUAUCAAUUUUGCCAUGGGGUUUUGUGCUGUGUAUUUAAAUACUCUAUUCUCGACAGUCUAUUAUAAUAUUUCUACUACUGUACAUUGCAUUUUAGCUAACUGUUUAUACACACCACAUGUAUUUAUAUACUAGAUUUGUGACAUAGCUCACUGUAACAUGUCUACUGCUAUACAUAUCAUUUUUAGUUUCUAUUGUGUAAAUGAAUCCGGUGUAUAUGUAUAGAUUGCAGUUCGAUUACUUUUACAGUGCUAUUUGGGUUGUUAAUUGGAUUUGUUCUGACAUUUCUUAAUUUCUUGUUUUUUAAAUAUUUGUUUAAAUUAUGUGUACUUGUUUGACAUUAUACUGCAUUGUUAUGAGCUAGUAACAUAAGCAUUGCACCAUACCCACUAUAACAACUGCUAAACUGUGUACACAACCAAUAAACCUUUUUGAUUUGACAUUGUAGACCAGCUGGUGUCUUACCAGAGCUACAGCAAUCCAGCUGACCUGUUAAAUGGCUGAGAUGAGAUUACUGCCUGCCAGCAAGUGAAUGAAUCCUGUGAAAUAUGGGUUAACCCUUUGGGUUUGAGGUCAAAACCAGGGGAUUGUACAGUGGCUUGUGAAAGUAUUCACCCCCCUUGGCAUUUUUCCUAUUUUGUUGCCUUACAACCUGGAAUUAAAAUUGAUUUUGGGGGGGUUUGUAUAAUUGAUUUACACAUGUCUACCACUUUGAAGAUGCAAAAUAUGUUUUAUUGUGAAACAAACAAGAAAUAAGACAAAAAAACAGAACUUGCGCGUGCAUAACUAUUCACCCCCCCAAAGUCAAUACUUUGUAGAGCCACCUUUUGAAGCAAUUACAGCUGCAAGUCUCUUGGGAUAUGUCUCUAGAAGCUUGGCACAUCUAGCCAGUCUCUGCCGAUAGAAAAACAUCCCCACAGCAUGAUGCUGCCACCACCAUGCUGGUGUUGAUGGUGUUCUCGGGGUGAUGAGAGGUGUUGGGUUUGCGCUAGACAUAGCGUUUUCCUUGAUGGCCAAAAAGCUCAAUUUUAGUCUCAUCUGACCAGAGUACCUUCUUCCAUAUGUUUGGGGAGUCUCCCACAUGCCAAUUGGCGAACACCAAACGUGUUUGCUUAUUUUUUUCUUUAAGCAAUGGCUUUUUUCUGCCCACUCUUCCGUAAAGCCCAGCUCUGUGGAGUGUACGGCUUAAAGGGGUCCUAUGGACAGAUACUCCAAUCUCCGCUGUGGAGCUUUGCAGCUCCUUCAGGGUUAUCUUUGGUCACUUUGUUGCCUCUGAUUAAUGUCCUCCUUGCCUGGUCCGUGAGUUUUGGUGGGCGGCCCGCUCUUGGCAGGUUUGUUGUGGUGCCAUAUUUAAUGGUGCUCCGUGGGAUGUUCAAAGUUUCAGAUAUUUUUUUAUAAGCCAACCCUGAUCUGUACUUCUCCACAACUUUGUCCCUGACCUGUUUGGAGAGCUCCUUGGUCUUCAUUGUGCCGCUUGCUUGGUUUGUUCCCCUUGCUUAGUGGUGUUGCAGCCUCUGGGGCCUUUCAGAACAGGUGUGUGUGUAUAUAUACUGAGAUCAUGUGACACUUAGAUUGCACACAGGUGGACUUUAUUUAACUAAUUAUGUGACUUCUGAAGGUAAUUGGUUGCACCAGAUCUAAUUUAGGGGCUUCAUAGCAAAGGGGGUGAAUACAUAUCCACGCACCACUUUUCCGUUAUUUAUUUUUUACAAUUAUUUGAAACAAGUUAUUUUUUUCACUUCACCAAUUUGGACUAUUUUGUGUAUGUCCGUUACAUGAAAUCCAAAUAAAAAUCAAUUUAAAUUACAGGUUGUAAUGCAACAAAAUAGGAAAACUGUGAAGGGGGAUGAAUACUUUUGCAAGGCACUGUAUCUGUUUGACAUCAUCUGUCAGUGAAUAUGCAUAUCAGACCCACCAGUAAUCCUCCAUUCUAGUAAAUGUCCCUCAUUGAGUUGCAUUUAUGUGCAUUUGUGCUUUAGGAUUUUUUCCCAUGUGUAUAUAAUGUUAUUUAUUGAAAUAGCAACAAUAAUUUAGUUGCCAAAUACAGUAUGCUUAUGCUAUUUGGUUGCUCAAAACAUUUUGCAGCAAGAACAACUUUGAAUUUGUUCUAAGCCAUUCUGUUUUAGCCUGGUCCCAGAUCCGUUUUUGGUCAUUGUCAAGCUAACCUUUUACUCUUGUGUGACUGUUUAGUGCCCACUUGAUCGUUAAUAUUCUCAUUCCUUUAUUUUUUAGGAACUUUCAAACUCACAAUAGAAUUCACAGAGGAAUACCCUAAUAAGCCUCCAACUGUGCGUUUUGUCUCCAAAAUGUUUCAUCCAAACGGUACGUUUUUCUUCAAUGGAAAAGAGGCAGCCAUGGCAUUUUAGAAACAUGCUUAUUGCUUACAGGAUCGUUUUAUGGUGGAACAGCUGAAUCUUUUGUCAACAAGACAAUCCACCAGUCUUUGUUAUGGAGUAAAUGUAUGUUCUGUAUUGUGCAGUCUACGCAGAUGGUAGUAUAUGCUUGGACAUUCUUCAGAACCGCUGGAGUCCAACUUAUGAUGUUUCUUCAAUCCUAACUUCAAUACAGGUAUACUCAGCAUUAUCCAUAAAUCUUCAUUGAAUAUUUACUUGCCUUGUAAAGCACCAUUGUGCUUUACUUUGUCCUCAAAUAACGGUGUUAGAAACAAUUUAAUUAAAAUCAUCUAGUCAAAAGGGUGCCAGAAUACUAUUGUUACUGAAGUGUCUACUAUUGUAUCGUCCUAGUCUUUACUGGAUGAGCCCAAUCCCAACAGCCCAGCCAAUAGCCAGGCAGCUCAGCUGUACCAGGAGAACAAACGGGAGUAUGAGAAGAGAGUGUCUGCCAUCGUGGAACAGAGUUGGCGCGAUUGUUGACCCCACUCACCGUUCAAAGUAUGGACAAUAUCCAGCCUCAAGGAAGAAAAAUAUCUCACAAAUGAAAUGAAAUACAUGUGGUUUGAAUCUUUCUCUGCAGUAUGUUUGGCUGUUGUGGUUUCCCUUCAUGCAGAAUGCUCUUUCUGGACAAGAGCACAUCAAAGUAAAUGUACCUUGUUAUAUCUGGGUUACUUACAAUGUAAUUUAACCCAUUUUUUUUUUAAUCUUGGCAUAAAAAGGUACUUUUUUUUUCCUGAUCAGGAGUUACUUUGUUUGUCAUUUUAGUGUUUUAAGUCCUCGGCUUGCAGUGUGAUUUUCUUGUGUUGAUCCACAUAAAAGUGUUUUUUUCUAUGGUUUCAAUGUUUUGUUUCUAGCUUUCACACGUUUGCCUUUUUGGCGCUUUUGUAUGAUAGUAAUCCAACUAAGACACAAUGUGAUGAACACCUGUUUUCUCCAACCAAUGUCAAUCUCAAUACCCUACCUUUUUACAUGCACAAACCAUGUUCUUGUUGGGGCUUUGUUUAUAUGAACUGAAUGGCUCUUUGAAUGAUAUCACCCAUCAGGAAUCAAGUGUUUCGGAAAGGGACAUACUUGGUGCACUUUGAAAUGCAAGUCCUGUAACGCUGGUGCAAAAGCAUAUUCAUGAGGAUGAGAUUGACAAAUUGCCUGCUCUGAGAAUUUGUGGUAAACCUUCUCAUGCACAGAACUCAGAAUGUAUCAAGGCAAGGGUUGUCUGUACUUUUAACGCUCAAAUCAUAUGGUUUAAAUGUCCAAUUACUUGAGUUCCAUUUAUUUGUAUCCUUACGUAAUUACUAAUACCACAUGGGAAUGUUGCAGUGUCCUUAACACCAUUCAAUCUGUGUAAAAUGUGCAGUUGUAACAUUUACAAACUACAUUUUCUUGUAAAUAAAAAUAAUUAUAC